UGUAUUAGACGGGUGCUUCACAUUACGGAAGUGCAUUCAUGCGUCAUUUGGGAACUUUACACCUUAACAACUGCUUAUUUAAGUGAUCUUUUUAUUUCAGUAGCAUGAAUGAUCGAGAGCUUGACCUUACCGAAGCUCAAAAGGCAAUAAAGGCUAAAUAUCCAGCCAUCAACAAGAAAUAUGAAUAUCUGGACCACACUGCAGAUGUCCAGCUGCAUUCUUGGGGUGACUCAUUGGAGGAGGCAUAUGAGCAGUGUGCCAUGGCCAUGUUUGGCUAUAUGACCGAUACGGAGACAGUGGAGCCCAUCGAUACUAUAGAAAUCGAAUCAGAAGGUGAUGAUCUGGAAUCACUCCUCUUUCAUUUCCUAGAUGACUGGCUCUUCAAGUUCAGCGCAGACGCCUUUUUCGUCCCUCGGGAGGUUAAAGUGUUGCACUUGGAUCGGAUGCGCUUCACAAUACGGUCUAUCGGGACAUGCAUAUGUUUUCAUUUCAGUCAUUUUCCAGCAUUUGACUCGAAUUCUUCUUCUUCUGUAGUUGGGGUGAGGAGUUCAACUUGGAAAAACAUCCACAAGGCACAGAAGUGAAAGCCAUUACCUACUCGGCUAUGCAGAUAUGCGACAAAGAGAAGCCAGAGAUUUUCGCCAUCAUCGAUAUCUAAGAAAGAGUUUCUCUCCGACGUGUCGAUCACAUCGCACUUUUUUUUUUUUAUGCUAGAAACCGAACGCAUACUGUUGUACUUUAUGUUUUGACUGGCGAAAGCACCGAAGCACUGAAGAGAUGAUCCGCGUCAUUAUGGAGAUUUUAUUAAAGAUGUAGUUUCCUUGAAACCCUCUGUUUUCCUGCAUUCACUCCAGUACAAAAUCAAAACAAACCUUGUAUCCAUUUUUUUUUAAUCUACAAGGGGUAUCCAUUAGAAACCACCUACAAACAAAGGAAAACUAUGAUGUUUGCAACAAUGUCAUCAUUUAUAGUGAUUAUAAAACAGAUGUUGUAUUGAUUGUAUAGAGCCUUUUUUUGUUUGUUUUGUAAUGUUCCUAAUUUUUUUUGAUAAUAUAGUAUAAGUACACCUUAAAAUUCAGUAACAUGUGGAACCACCUUUAGCAACAAUAACUUGAAGUAAACGUUUUCUGUAGUAGUUUAUCAGUCUCAUUAACGAGGGUGUACUUUCUUAAACUAUAUACCUACAAAUGAGAGCAACUUUUCAGAUUAGUUUAAUCUAAUAUUGUGUACUUGGUCCGAUUUUUUUUUUUUUUUUAAAUCCAAAAAAAAUUGAAGUUUUGUGUAUUGGAUAUCUAGCUUUCAAAAAGUGGAAGACUAUUUGCUUUAAAGAUUAUCACAUCAUUUCCAGUACAUUCCAGUUCCGUAUAUAUAUAUAUAUAUAUAUAUAUAUAUAUAUAUAUAUAUAUAUAUAUAUAUAUAUAUAUAUAUAUAUAUAUAUAAACAGAAUCAAAAAAGGGAAUAAAAUGCUAGGUACUCAAUAAGUUUGUCACCUUGGCAAGUUUGUUUCAUAAUAUUUGAGUAUCUGAUGAAAAUAUAUGAUGCAUUUUCUUCUCUCCCCAUUUUUUGGGGUGUUUUGCUGAAAUAUUUUAGUUGACAGCUCGAAAAAUCUGGCUGUAAUUGUACAGAAGCAAAAUUGUGCAUUUAUAACUCGGUCUGAAACAAACAUUCACGAAAAAAUAAACAAAAUGCUUAAUUGUUUAUAUGAAGUUUUAUUGACUAAUUAUAAGAAUAAUUUUUUUUUAGCAUUUAGACAUGUAAAUAGUAAUACAGUUAAUAACUUAUUGGCAUAUUUAAAGUCUCUCUCUCACGUUCUCUCUCACACUGUCUCUCUCUCUCUCUCUAUAUAUAUAUAUCUAUAUAUCUAUAUAUCUAUAUAUAUGUAUAUAUACACACACACACACACACAUACAUAUAUGAUUGGCAGCAAAAAAAAUUAUUACAAUUUCAUGGAAACAUAUGUAUGAAAGAAGAAACAAGGAACAGAUUGUGUGACUGAGGUAAUGGUGACAGUAACAGAGACAGUAAAAGGUAACUGCCUUGUUUAGUUGUUUUGUUUUCUCUAAAGGCUUCUGGGAUAGGACUUUAGAGAACCCACUGUAAACUUGUGACUGGGGGGGGGGGG